CAACCUUCAUUGAUAUAGCCAAUGACGACAUUAAGCUGAGUGCUGAUGAAUGCAAUAGGAGUCUCUUCGGUAAAAUAGUAGGAUACAGAGUAGCCAGCUGGAUUGGGGUUAAAAGAACGAUGACAAAUAUUUGGCGGCUCAGUCAUCCGAUGGAGAUAAAAGAACUCACUCCAAAUUUUUUCCAAUUUAUCUUUCAAACCCGAGAAGAUUUGGAGAAUGUUGCAAACGGCAUCAACUGGAGUUUUGAGAACCAAUACCUCGUUCUGAAGGAAUGGAGAAGGGGAAUUUCGAUCAAGCAUCCAUGCUUCCAAGAGCUUAACAUAUGGGUACAUGUAACAAAUGUCCCUUUGAAUUGGUUAAGCACCGAAGUAGGACUUAAAAUUGGGAAAGUUUUUAAAAAUGUCAAGAAUGUGGUUCUGACAAAUGCGAGUAAUCAUGGUGGUAAGUUAUUGAAGAUGCUGGUAACUCUGAAUUUAGAAGAGCCUAUUCCUAGAGUUGCAAACAUAAGGCUUGGAGAGGAAGCAGCUCAGGUGGGGUUCAAAUAUGAAAAAUUGUUGAAUCUUUGCCAUUAUUGUGGACUGAUUGGCCAUUUGGACAGAAGUUGUUCCAAAAGAAUAGAGGACAUCAAUAACCAUUGUUUGAAAGAAGGACA